CAAGUCUUACUUAAAUUUGUAUCAACCUAAUUAAACUGAAACGGAAGUAAACAUGUACAACACAAUAUUACUGCUUAAGUGUAAACGUUCUUUAUCUCCGAUUGAUAUGACGCAGAUUUAAGUAGAUAUCUUCCUUUCGCGCUAAUUUGUCAUAAAAUCUAUGAUUUCCUCAAAUUGAGCAGUCAAGCAUGUGCUAAAACAUAUACAUUUGUAAAUCAAUUGAAUUUAGAAUACUGAUUACCAAUAAGUGAGCAAACAAUUAGAUUUCGAGAACAGUUUACAAAGGACUAAAAGAAUUGGUUCAUUACCAUGGAUAUUGCUAUAUCUUCGCUUUCAGUGUCAACUGAAUCUAAUUCAGGGUCAGAUAAAAGUUCCUGGACGGACUCCACGCAAUUGGCAGAAUAUUUGAAUGAAGACAUACAACGCAUUGUUUUGCCAACCAUUGUGUUUAUUGGAGCCGAGAUGGUGUUAGGCUUUGUAGGAAAUCUGCUGUUUCUUUACGUGUUCGGUUUCCGGUACCAUGUUUGUAAUUACAAAUACUUUGUCUUGAGCUUGGCAGUAAUUGAUAUACUGACAACUGUGACAACAAUGCCAGGGGAGAUGAUUACUCAAAUUUAUUGGUACGUGUAUAGUGUAAAUCUAGUUUGUAAAGUGAAAUCGUUCUGUAAUGUUUUUACUCUGACAGCGGAAGCCCUAUGCCUUCUUGCAAUCGCUAUUGACCGUUACAGAAAAGUGUGCCGACCACUUGCUUGGCAAAUUAAAACCAAAUGUGCAAAAAUAAUAUGCUUUUGUAUACCUGUGGUAGCAUUUUUCAUCGCUCUACCCACCCCUUUCCUUUGGGGUGAACGCACCUUAUUAAAGACGUACAAAAAUAUGACACUGAACGUGACUAUCUGCGAAAAAGAUGACAAAUUUGAAUCAACAAAUUAUCCACUGAUAUAUAUUUCAAUAGUGAGUGGUAUCAUAUCUGCCAUCUUGGCGUUCAUGUUCAGCAGAUAUGCUUAUGUCUUUGGGACCAUCAUUAAAGAAAGACGACGAAGUAAGAAGAUCAAACAAAACCAUCCAGUUGGCUUGAAGUUUCUCGUUCAAACUUCUCCUAGCUCGGUCACUUCAGACGAAGCAAACAGGUGUGAAGAAGCAAGUGAUUCCGGUGUAAUAGACAUAGGUGAAACAUCUACAACCAGUGGAUCACAACAGCCAUCAUCGCUUUUAAAUGCAGCCCAGAGUGAUGUCUCAAAAUCGGAAAAAUUGAGAAAACAUUCAGCGAGGCUGAGGAAGUCAAAACGUGUGCGACGAAAAACUUUAAUAAUGUUUAUUGUCACCUUAGUCUUCAUUGUUACGACCAUUGUGUACCUUAUACUUGUCUCAAUCAUUGCAAGUACAGACGACAUUCUCCAAAAACUUAACGAUGCAAGUAAAGCUGUCUAUUUCUUUUUCUUGCGUCUUUACUUCAUAAACCAUGUGAUCAAUCCAUUUAUAUAUGGAGUGCUAGAUCCAGAAUUCAAGCACACGAAGUAUUUGCUAGUAAGCUUUUUCUAGCAGGAGGCGUGAUGUAUUUACAAAAUAUGGGACACUUCAGAAGCUUAGUAAUAAAUAGGAAGGGUCGUUUACUCUGUUGGCAGAACUUGUGUUCCGAUCCUGUUGCUAAAUUCUUAUUUAAGAGAUAAUAUAUAGCGGAACCGUGUUUUGAUAUAUAGAAACAAUACGAAGAGAUUAUGCGCCUGCGGAAUAAUUUCAUCAGGGCGUAGUCCUAGUAAAUUAUUACGCGCGGCGCAUAGCUGUUUCCGACUGUUUCAUUAUCAUUUUGAUUUUGAAACGUCUUGUAUAUGAAAUAGUAAAUCAAACUUGAUUGCACUCUGUAUGGCACCAAACUAAUGGUCACAGAGCACCAAUUAAAAAAAGGGACAGAGAAUAAGGUAAUCGUAUACCUCGGAAUAAGGUAUUGUUUGUCCGUGUUGAUUGUUCAGUAAUUUAAGCAAGCCCCAAAAAGUGAUAAUUGUUUCGAAAUUGAUUUUUUACUGCAUCGACAGUAUUUUGUUAUAUAUUUACAGACUCGUAACUACAUUUUAUGUGUACUGGAAUAAACGUUUUAUCAAACAAAUUUCUUCCGCCGUGCCAACGAUGUUAACAGGUCGUCUCAUUCAUACAAAAAUUACUCAAAAAGUAUCACUAUAUAUUUUUGGAUUUUGGUGGAACUAACUUAAAAAUAGUUCUUGAGAAAAAAAAUGUGAUUAGAUAUACAUGUUUUGAUUUAUGGAAGACCGUAUACGCCUUGUGAAUAUUAUAAUGGAAUCCUAUUGGUUACCAGCCAAUGUCGACAAGACGUCAAUAUUGCCGUGUGUGUAAUUUUCACAUAUAUUAGAAUGACUGUUCUUGUAUACUUGUACUGCAAUUAUAUAAAAUGCAUGUAUUAUAUGCAAUAAAACAUAUCAACUGUCA